AUGGGGUCUCCCAUCCAAUCUCCUAGCUCGCUCGGCGGCGAGUCCGAAUACUUGAGCACGCGCGAGGAUGCCACUCCGUUAGCAACCCCUCUUCCUCAUGAAAACGAAACUCGCGAUCCUCCGCGCGCCGGCUCCAGCCUCAACCGACCGAACACAUUUCCGCCGAGCGAGUCGACGAGCCUCUUGCAGAAUGUCCUCAUCGACAACCCAUCUGCUAACAGCUACCCCCAUGGAACCUUCUCACCGCGACCCGCCAGCCCUGCUGGUAGCCAAGACCCCGACUUUGAUAGAGCAUCGUCCUCGGCGUCUGAGAUCCCAAUCUUGGACCCCAUGCUGACCGCGAUCACGGGCGACGAUCACUGGAGGAAGCGAUUCGUGAGGAAGAUAAAGAGCAAGAAGAUGCACACCUCUAGAACUUUGGCAGAGCAGGCUGGCUUCAAGGAUACCAUUUGGAUGUACCUCUCGUACUAUAUCCCUCUCUUGACCUGGCUGCCGCAGUACCAAUGGUCGUAUCUGAAAGGAGACCUCGUUGCCGCCUUGACGCUCGCAUCCCUCUAUUUGCCGAUGGCUUUGUCACUUGCCGACAAUCUCGCACAUGUUCCUCCCAUCAAUGGCCUGUAUGCCUUCGUCUUCAACCCAUUCGUAUACGCCGUGUUUGGCAGUGCGCCUCAAAUGGUAGUUGGCCCGGAAGCCGCCGGUUCCCUGUUGGUCGGAUCUGUGGUCAGAGGCAGCAUCGACCAUGACAAGAGUGACGAAUACAACGCUGAGGUGCAGGCUAAGAUCUGUGGUGUCGUGGCUGGCAUGGCUGGUGCUACCGUCUUCCUUGCGGGUCUGGCCCGCCUGGGUUUCCUCGAUAGCGUUCUCAGCAAGCCGUUCCUGCGCGGCUUCAUCUCUGCCAUUGGUUUUGUCAUUGCGGUUGACCAGUCUAUUCCCGAGCUCGGUCUUGCCAAGUAUGCGGCAGAAAUGGGCGUGGGUCAUGGCAGCAGCAUGGACAAGCUGGAGUUCAUCUUCAGCUCAUUCGAUCAUGUUCACAAGCUCACGUUUAUCGUUGCCGGAGUCAGCUUCCUAAUCAUGAUGACUAUGAGAGAGCUCAAAAAACACCUUGUGCCAAAGUACCCUGGGGUUGCGUACAUUCCCGAUCGAUUCUUCGUCGUGGUUAUAGCCGCAAUCCUCUCCUGGCAAUUUGAUUGGCAGAGCAAGGGAGUCGAGAUUCUUGGACCAGUCAAGGCAGCUUCAGGUCACCUUUUCCAAUUCCGAUGGCCUUUCCAGACCUCUCACAUGAAACAUAUCCGUGAGGCGAUGGGUACAUCCUUCCUGAUCGCUCUUCUGGGAUUUUUCGAGUCGUCUGUUGCAGCGAAAAGCUUGAGCAGCUCUGACAGCCCGCACGGUAUCCAGCUGAGCCCCAACAGAGAGCUUGUCGCUCUUGGCGCCGCCAACAUUGUUGGAGCUUGCUUCAUGAGCUUGCCCGCCUUUGGAGGAUAUGGCAGAAGCAAACUGAACAAGCAGACCGGCGGCAAGACGCCAAUGAGCUCCAUCUUUCUUAGUCUGAUUACGCUUCUCGCCGUGUUCUUCCUGUUGCCGUACUUUUAUUAUCUUCCCAAACCGGUCUUGUCGUCGAUGAUCACCGUCGUGGCCUGGUCCUUACUCGAAGAGGCCCCUCACGACAUCGCCUUCUUCUUCAAGAUCCGAGGCUGGACCGAGUUGGGCUUGAUGCUAAUCAUCUUCGUAUCGACAAUCUUUUACUCGCUCACCCUCGGCAUGGCCAUUGGCGUCGGCUUGUCUUUGCUUCAGGUCAUCAAGCACUCGACCCGACCCCGGAUUCAGAUUCUGGGUCGCAUUCCCGGCACGCAUCGCUUCGAGAAUGCUGAGCUCAACCCCGACAGGCUAGAGUUUGUCGAAGGCUGCCUCAUUGUCAAGAUUCCCGAGCCCUUGACCUUUGCCAACACGGGCGAGCUGAAGGCUCGUCUUCGGAGACUGGAGCUCUACGGGACGAGCAUGGCACACCCUGCGCUGCCGAGAUUGCGCGCUGAACAACACAACAAAAAUGUCAUUUUCGAUAUCCACGGCGUCACUUCACUGGAUGGAUCUGGCACACAGGUGCUGUUGGAGAUUGUGAGCGGCUAUAGAGAGCGUGGUGUUCAAGUUUUCUUCAGUCGCGGUCCCACUAACCCGCGCCAUCACAUCUGGAGACUCAUGAGACAGGCAGGCAUCAUGGACCUAGUUGGCGGAGAGUCACACUUCGUUUCGGAUGUCCAGGAGGCUUUGAAGUUGACCGAGUACGAGAAUAGCAUCAGCGAAGUCGCGAAUGCUUGA